UGGGCCCCGUCCGCACGCUCCUCGAAGGGGGUGUGGCAGCGGGGGGUAGCCGCGUGCCUCCCUGCCCUGUCACGCCUGGCCGGAGCUCGGGGCUCCCCAGUGGCUUAGGGACAAGAGCCAGGAGGGCAGCCACGUCCGUGCUCUGGGCGCGGGGUGGACGGUGGGCUGCCGGGGUGCCGGCUGGCCAGCGGCCACGUCCCUGCUCUGGGCGCGGGGUGAAUGGCCGGUUACCAAGGGAGUGGCUUUGGGCAUGGGCAGCGGGGGAUGGGUGGGGGGCUGCCAGAGGAUUGCUAGCCCGCGCCAAGCCUGUCUUACUUUCCAGGCUCCCCGAGGACUGACACCAGCAAAGCGGGAAAAGGACUUGUCCAAAAUGGCAUCGGAGAGCGGGAAGCUGUGGGGCGGCCGGUUCGUGGGCUCCAUCGACCCCAUCAUGGAGAAAUUCAACUCGUCCAUCUCGUACGACCAGCGCAUGUGGGAGGCCGACAUCCAGGGCAGCAAAGCCUACAGCAAAGGCCUGGAGAAUGCGGGGCUCCUCACCAAAGCCGAGCUGGAGAAGAUCCUCCACGGCCUGGACAAGGUGGCUGAGGAAUGGGCCAAAGGCACGUUUGCACUCAACCCCCACGAUGAGGACAUCCACACGGCCAACGAGCGGAGGCUGAAGGAGCUCAUCGGGGAGGCUGCAGGGAAGCUGCACACCGGACGGAGCCGGAACGACCAGGUGGUCACAGACUUGAGGCUCUGGAUGCGAAAGUCGUGCUCCACGCUGUCUGCUCACCUCAAGAUGCUGAUCACGACCAUGGUGGAGCGGGCCGAAGCGGAAAAAGAUGUCCUCUUUCCAGGCUACACUCAUCUACAGAGGGCUCAGCCCAUCCGCUGGAGCCACUGGAUCUUGAGCCACGCCGUGGCCCUGGCCCGAGACUUGGAGCGUCUGCUGGAGGUGAGGAGGAGGGUCGACGUGCUGCCCCUGGGGAGUGGGGCCAUUGCUGGUAACCCUUUGGGUGUGGACCGGAAGCUGCUCCAGAAAGAGCUGAACUUCAGUGCGAUCACCCUCAACAGCAUGGAUGCCACCAGCGAGCGGGACUUUGUGGCCGAGUUCCUUUUCUGGGCCUCCCUGUGCAUGACGCACCUCAGCAAGAUGGCGGAGGAUCUAAUCAUUUACGGCACCAAAGAGUUUAGCUUCGUGCAACUGUCCGACGCCUACAGCACGGGAAGCAGCCUGAUGCCCCAAAAGAAAAACCCAGACAGCCUAGAGCUGAUCCGGAGCAAAGCAGGGCGUGUGUUUGGCCGGUGUGCUGGCCUCCUGAUGACGCUCAAGGGGCUUCCAAGUACCUACAACAAGGACUUGCAGGAAGACAAAGAGGCAGUCUUUGAAGUCUCGGACACCAUGAAUUCUGUGCUCCAAGUGGCCACCGGGAUGAUCUCUACCAUGAAGAUUAACAAGGCGUGCAUGGAAAACGCUCUGAGCCCCGACAUGCUGGCCACCGACCUUGCCUACUACCUCGUCAGGAAGGGGAUGCCCUUCAGGCAGGCCCAUGAGGCAUCGGGAAAAGCCGUGUUCAUGGCCGAGACCAAGCAGCUGAGCCUCAGCCAGCUCCCGGUGAAGGAACUGCAGAGCAUCAGCCCCCUGUUCUCCAGUGACGUGUGCCAGGUCUGGAAUUAUGCCAACAGUGUGGAGCAAUACAAAGCCUUGGGCGGGACAGCCAAAAGCAGCGUGGAGUGGCAGAUCCAACAGUUGAGGGAGCUGCUGCAGAGACACCAGGAAUAGAGACCCCCCAUCUCCCUCCCCCUGCCCCUGCUCGCACCCCCCAGGGGAAGUCCUCAGCCGAAGAACCGAGUGUUCAUGUUCCCGCUCAGCCAUCAUCCAGUGGUGAGAGUGCAGGGCAAACUAGGUGAGGCUGGAAGCAAAGAGCACCCGAGUUCAAAUCCUGCCCCACACACAGCUGGGACACCCUCCGUUUCCUUAUUUGUAAAAAGGUUCAGAGGGUUAGACUCGAAGACCUCCCUUCUAGCUUGAAAUCUGUGGCCUUACAUUCCCCCUUAUUAUGGGGCGCUCCAUGGAGCUGGGGUUGAGGUAUCGACCUGAGAAGGGACAAAGGAAAAGGAGAAAUAGGCAGGAAGAGGAACCUGGGUCCUAAUUAUCGAGCAUCACUUCCCUUAGCCUUGUGCCACCUUCUGUGCUUCCUGGGAUCCUCCUCUCCUCCCCUGGCUUCAUUUACCACCAUGGUCUCACUUUAAAAGGUCCAAUCCUUGUCCCCAGAUCAGGCUUAGAGAAAGUCUAAUGCAGCUUGUAAUCAGCUGAAUGGGGGGGUGGGGGGGGGCUUUUCCCCAAAGAAGCUCCCCAUGGCUUCAUCAAUGGGCAUUUGUCAAAUGUCUACUGUGUGUAAGGGGCUGGGAUAUAAAGAUGAGUGGAGCAUUUCCUGCCCUCAAGCAGCAUCCAGUCCGGGGCGGGGGGGGGGGGAGACAUACCUAAUAAAAGUAUGUGCAAAUAUAUAAGAAA